CAGGCCCGUGCGUUGCUCCACCUCCGACACACACGCGACACCCUUCAUCCACUGGCUGCCCCUACCCCAGCUGAUCCACGCAGCCUUCCCCUCCUCUCGUUGUUGCGCCUCCCAGCGUCUGCGCUCAACCUCUCUGGCUCAUUCGCCCCGGAAGACCGCAGCAUCCUCAUGAUUCCAGGUUUCCGCCGCCAACAAGAUAGCCUCCCCUCAUGAUCUACCCGCCCCUGCGCCCUCGCUCCGAAGCUGUUCUGCAUACUGACGAGCGUAUCGCUGUCCGCCAUGAGUUCCAUACCUGCCGUCCAGGAGGAGCACGCGGCACUGCCCUGCACGAGGAGGUCGAUCCCAGGUCGCCGUGGACUCGGACUAGGUCGCUUGACAGCCCCCAACCGGCCAAGCUCGACGUCCAGGUCAGCGAGCUGGACAAGCGACUUACAUAUUGGUUGUAUGCCGAUGCUUGGAAUAAUGAAUGGAUGGUGCUAUCUCGUUAGGAUUUUGCCAUCACAUCCAAGCAAGAAAAUCAAGGUUGGACUCAAGGUAUAUUAUCAUGUUCACCAACUACCAGAUGUGAUGCUGUGUCAGUCUGCUGGCGAGAGAUGGAUAAGUAAGGUAAGUUCAUUAAGCAGGAUUUUGUCAUCCUGGCAGGGACUGCAUCCUGGUAUUCUUUCCAAUUCUUACUCUCGGGGCUUCUACCAGACUACGAUAAUUAGGUUAUUCUUCGUGCGGCGCAUUGGCUACAACUAUGGGCAUAUCUGCUCCCGUCGGACCAGCGAGAUACUAUGGUUACUGGAUGCAACCGGCUCCUGGAGGUCACUCAGGACUGCUUUUUCCAGGCUACUGGAUGGCGUCACAUUAGCAGGAUUCUAGACGGAUAGUUUUGGUCUUAUAUUCGUCUGCAGAUGUUUCGAUCCGUUUUGUUUUAGUGAUCUUUGUUUACCAGACAUGUUCUUUGUAAUAAGCACUUGACUUUAACGUUUAUUUUAUUAAUAAAGGGUUGUGUGCAUCGAUUGAUGCA